UGUAAGUAGUUUGACGUAAGAAUUUACGCGGUUCCCGUGAACGCAGCAGUGGACCGACUCGAUCAGCUAGUUGUCCUGGCUCCUGAUCGCAGACACGCACACACUUUAUUGGUAUUCUGACUCAACCAGUGAUGAGCUCACUAACGAGACUUCUCACCUACACAAAUGGGGAGUCAGGGCGCUUCUGGGAGCGAAGACUGUCCUUUCUGCCAAAUAGCGAACAACCAGACUGACGCAGAAAUCCUGCUAAGUGACCAUGAGCUUCUUUGUUUUCGUGACAUAAAACCUAGCGCCACACAUCAUUACCUUGUUGUUCCCAGGACGCAUAUCAACAACUGCAAAACUCUCCAGGGGGACGACAUACCUCUAGGGGAGCGGAUGGAAAAAAUGGGAAGGAGUAUACUAGAGAAGAAUAAAGUCAGCAACCUGAAUGACGUCAGGUCGACAACGUUCUUUCUCAGUUGAAGACUCGCGGCGAAGUCAAAUGAAGAGAUACAAGAGUCUGAAGGUGCAACGGUCUUCUUUUAUGUUGACAGGUUAUUUAUUUUCAUCCCGCUUCACUGAGUGCAAUUUUAAAUCAGUUCUCUAUCGGACUUGACAUUUUUUUGUGACAAUGAGUUAUGAUGUAUUAUUCCUCCAUGCUGUUCGGUGGUUCAGCUGUGGAGAAAAGUGGAAUAAAAUGGCUCUUUUUCUUUUAAGGUGGAAGCUGUAAAAGUUCAACCUUUCCACAAAUAUAUGUUUUUAAUAAUUCAUCCUAGUCCUAUCAAAUGUCAUGUUGUGCAAUGAGGAGAGAAUUACUGC